UAGCUGAUCAGGCUUGGAAACCGGCUUAUACUGGCUAAGACUAACAAACCAUUUAGGUUGAUUUAAGAUUGGUACAAGGAGAAUUCAAUAGUAAGGUUUCUUGUUCAACAAGUUGAUGUCAUAAUAACUGGCUUUGAUUCAUUGAGAAGACUUCCCAAGAAAAUAUAAUUCUCACAGCCUCACGGUGGCGAUGUGUAUCCGCUCACGCUUACAAUCGCUCUGUGGACACGCCCACCCUUCUACGUGUCCGCCAAUCAGAGAGCACGUUUUCUUGCCGUAUCACGCUUGCUAACGGAAGUAGCAUUGGUCACAGCUGACACAAACAACCUCAGUCUUUAUAAAUAAGUUGUUCAGGGCCUCCUGGGUGGUUUAAACUCUUCCUCUUCGUUCAGAUGGAGGUGGAUCAACUGCUGUCUCUCUCAGGUCCAGCUUUGGCUCAGGCCAUCAGCUCUGUGCUGGAAACCCCAGGCCUCUACGUUUUCUCAGACAUACUAGAACUGCCCAACGUCCGUGAGCUGGAGACGGGUCCCCAUGCUGCAGUCUACCAGCUUCUCAAUCUUUUUGCGUAUGGAACCUACUGCGACUAUAAAGAGAGGGCAGCCUCACUUCCUGAACUCACACCCGCUCAGAAGAACAAACUCCGUCACCUGUCAAUCAUCAGCCUGGCCUCCAAUCUAAAGUGUCUGCCGUAUUCAUUACUGCUCCAGCAGUUAGAGCUGAAGAAUGUGCGCGAGCUGGAAGACCUGCUGAUCGAGGCUGUUUACAGUGACAUUAUCCAUGGGAAGCUGGACCAGAGGAACCAGCAGGUCGAGGUAGAUUGCAGCAUAGGUCGAGACCUGGGCCCCAACGAAUUACCCAACAUUGCCAACACACUGCAGGAGUGGUGUACAGGCUGUGAAGCAGUUCUGUGUGGCAUUGAGGAGCAGGUGUCAAGAGCCAAUCAGUACAGAGAAAACCAGCUCAAGGUCAAAGCUCAAGUGGAAACGGAGGUAUCAAACCUACAGAAAACCCUCAAGGCAAGUUCCGCUUCCCCCUCAUCUGGCCCCGCCCCUGCUGGAGCAGCAUCAAAUCAGGAUGCAGACCAGCCAGCUGAGCCAAGAGACCCCGCCUCCUCACAGGAAACACGGCAACCAGGAAAAAAGAGUUCAAAGGUCAAAGGGCUUCGUGGGAGCGGAAAGAUUUGGUCAAAGUCUAAUUGAUCUUAAGCGCUGAACUCAAUCUUCAGUAACCCACUCACAGUCAGAUAUAUUGUGGACUGCUCGCUUGGAUAGACAGAAAAACAAAACCUGACACUUCUCAAACACAAACCACCAUCACAGUCUAAACACAACUUUAACACAAUUUUGGGAGUGUGUUUAUGUACAUGUGUGCUGUAAAUGUCAUUUAAUUUGACUCCUACUCCUUUUCCUUUGCGCGUUUGUUUGGUUCGUUAUUAAACCUGGAUGUAAAUUGGUAAAGCCAAUGAAUAAAUGAUAUCCAUCUGUCA